UAAUUCCUUAAUAGGGCCCUCCUCUCACAUUUCAAAAUCAUAGUCUCCACUAUCACCCCUUUUCUCUCCCUCUCCCUUUCCCUUUCCCUUCCCCUUUCCAUUCCUCUCUUUCAGACACAUCCUUCUCUCUAUUUGUUUCAUUUUUUUGGCCGGCAAUUACACUUUCAUCAACAAUUCACAAUUAUGAGCUUCCAAGAUAUCAGGAAUGGCGUAGGCCGCCCAACUUCUUCGUCGCGUUCUUCCACACAAUCACCAUCUCAAGCCGUUGCGGCCGGUAUUUUUCAGAUCAACACCGCCGUAUCCUCCUUUCGCCGCCUUGUCGACGCCACCGGAACAUCUAAAGAUACUCCUGAUCAUCGCCAGAAAUUGCAUAAUACAAGGCAGCGUAUAUUGCAGUUGGUUAAGGAUACUUCUGCUAAGCUUAAAGCUCUCAGUGAUUCCGACCACUCUGCUAAUGUCACGCAAAGCAAAAAAAUUGAAGAUGCUAAGCUUGCUAGAGAUUUUCAAGCUACUUUACAAGAAUUUCAGAAUGUUCAGCAGCUUGCUUCUGAGCGUGAAUCAUCCUACAUGCCAUCUGGGGCUCCAACUUCUGUUGUAACAGACUCAAUUGGUGAAGAAGCAAAACAGGAUCUUGAGAACCAACCUUUCUUGUUGGAUCAAAAACGGCAAGAAUUGGUACUUUUGGAUAAUGAAGUUGUAUUUAAUGAAGCAAUCAUUGAGGAGAGGGAACAAGGAAUUAAGGAGAUACAAAGCCAAAUUGGUCAAGUUAAUGAAAUCUUCUUGGACCUUGCUGUUCUAGUACACGAGCAGGGUGUAGUAAUUGAUGAUAUCCAUUCUAAUAUUGAGGCUUCUGCUGCUGUGACAAACCAAGCGAAACAGCAAUUAUCUAAGGCUUCUAAAAGUGAAAGAACAGGUUCAACUUGGUGUUGGUGGUUGCUGGCUUUGUUUGUAUUGGCGAUUAUUAUCUUUGUGCUGAUCUUAAUCCUAUAGACUGCAACUGAAGCUAUAAAGUUGAUGGGUUUGCGGGAGAGUGAAUUCUACAUUUUGGACCGGCCGAUAUUCUUUUCUUCUUAUUUCUGCGGCUGUAGGAGCAUUUUUUUGUAAAAUUUUAUGUAUGCAUGUAUUUUUGCGGUGGUGUUUUCUGAAGGUUUGUCCAUGUAUUCCUAUAUAUGUAUGUUAUUUAUUGUUUCCCAAGGUUUUCCGUUUGUAUAUUCAUUGUAAUUUUUGCUCCUUUUCAAUCGACAUUAGACUGGUACAACAUAAAAAGAAAAAAGAAAGAAAAAAAAAAAAAAAAAAAAGAAGAAGAAGUUGAUGUUUUACGAGUGUAUGGCUUGCUGUCUCUUAUUGUUGGAGAAAUUUGUUUCCAGAGUAUAUCCUGGCAAAAUUCUUAUGAUCAUUGUUUUGUUAUGAUUUUAUAACAUAUACUCACACCACACUAA